GAACAACUGGGGAAGGGAGGCAGUGUGACAGGGGCAGGGUCGCAGAGUCUGGCGGACUGGAAAUAGCUUGGCCCCGGCAGGAGAAUAGAAGGGCUGGAAUCUGUUUUAGGACUGGGAUUGGAGUCUAACGGGGGGUUAAGGAGCUGUGGAGGAGGCCUAGAGGGAAUGGAGAGAAUGAGGGAGAAUCUAGGGAGUGUGAGGAUGCGGGAGAACUAUCUAAAAGUUGGGGACAGUAUCUGGGAAGGAUCAGAAAGAUACAACCUGGAACUUUUUUCCGUGGUGUUCCUGGGAAGGACAAGGAAGGGAAACUGACAUUUAUUGAGCGUUUGCUAUGUAAGCGGCUGAGUCAGUGGAUCAAUCUUCCUGUCCUACACCUGACCAAGGAUCCCUUAAAGACCCCUGGAAGGCUGGACCAUGGCACAAGAACUGCCUUCAUCCAUCACCGGGAGCAAGUGUGGAAGAGAUGCAUCAACAUUUGGCGUGAUAUGGGCCUUUUUGGGGUGCUAAAUGAAAUUGCAAACUCAGAAGAAGAGGUGUUUGAGUGGGUGAAGACGGCAUCCGGCUGGGCCCUGGCACUCUGUCGAUGGGCCUCUUCCCUCCAUGGGUCCCUGUUCCCCCAUCUGUCUCUCAGGAGCGAAGAUCUGAUUGCUGAAUUUGCCCAAGUCACAAAUUGGUCCAGCUGCUGCUUGCGUGUCUUUGCAUGGCACCCCCACACCAACAAGUUUGCAGUGGCCCUGCUAGAUGACUCAGUCCGUGUAUAUAAUGCCAGCAGCACCAUAGUCCCCUCCCUGAAGCACCGGCUGCAGCGAAAUGUGGCGGCUCUGGCCUGGAAGCCCCUUAGUGCCUCUGUCUUGGCUGUGGCCUGCCAGAGCUGCAUUCUCAUCUGGACCCUGGACCCUACCUCCUUGUCUACCCGACCCUCUUCUGGAUGUGCCCAAGUGCUGUCUCACCCUGGGCAUACACCUGUUACCAGCUUGGCCUGGGCCCCCAGUGGGGGGCGGCUGCUCUCAGCUUCACCCGUGGAUGCUGCUAUCCGGGUAUGGGAUGUCUCAACAGAGACCUGUGUCCCCCUUCCCUGGUUUCGAGGAGGUGGGGUGACCAACCUGCUCUGGUCCCCAGAUGGCAGCAAAAUCCUGGCUACCACUCCUUCAGCUGUCUUUCGAGUCUGGGAGGCCCAGAUGUGGACUUGUGAGAGGUGGCCUACUCUAUCAGGGCGCUGUCAGACUGGCUGCUGGAGCCCAGAUGGCAGCCGACUGCUGUUCACUGUAUUGGGAGAGCCACUGAUUUACUCCCUGUCUUUUCCAGAACGUUGUGGUGAGGGAAAGGGGCGCGUUGGAGGUGCAAAGUCAGCAACGAUUGUGGCAGAUCUGUCUGAGACAACAAUACAGACACCAGAUGGUGAGGAGAGGCUUGGGGGAGAGGCUCACUCCAUGGUCUGGGACCCCAGUGGGGAACGUCUGGCUGUGCUUAUGAAAGGAAACCCAAGGGUACAGGAUGGUAAACCAGUCAUCCUCCUUUUUCGCACUCGAAACAGCCCUGUGUUUGAGCUCCUUCCCUGUGGCGUUAUCCAGGGGGAGCCAGGAGCCCAGCCCCAGCUCAUCACUUUCCAUCCUUCCUUCAACAAAGGGGCCCUGCUCAGUGUGGGCUGGUCCACAGGCCGAAUUGCCCACAUCCCGCUGUACUUUGUCAAUGCCCAGUUUCCACGUUUCAGCCCAGUGCUUGGCCGGGCCCAGGAACCCCCCGCUGGGGGUGGAGGCUCUAUUCAUGACCUGCCCCUCUUUACUGAGACAUGCCCAACUUCUGCCCCUUGGGACCCUCUCCCAGGGCCACCACCUGUUCUGCCCCACUCCCCACAUUCCCACCUCUAAUAAUAAAAGUUUUCUACUCA